AUGAAUAAUAUAUAUAUAAGUUUAUAUAUAUUUUUGAUUUAUUAUAUAAUACAAUUAUGUUUUAAUACAAAGUACAUAUAUUGCGAUAAGAAAUUAUAUGUAUCGAAGAAUAUUUUGCCGAGCGUGCAAAAGAAGGAAUUCGUUUCGCCUGUUCCACGUAAAUUAGAAUGGCUAGUUCAUAAUAUAUUAGAGGUGGUUCAUUUUUUGGAAGAUGUUAAUAAUUACAUUGUAGAUUUUAAAAAAGACAUAUUAACAAAAUUAGAACAUAUAAUACAAGAUGAUACAGAAUUAUAUGAAUCAUAUGAGUAUAAUGAAAAUAUAUUAAAUCAAAUAUAUUUAAAUAAUGAAAAGAAAUUAAAAAGAUAUUCUGAAUAUAUUGAAAAAUUAAAAGAUACAAAGUUGCAAAUGUUUAAGGAUACCGUAAAUAAUUUCCAGAGAGAAAAUAUUUAUUAUCUUAAUUUUGUGUAUAAAAAUUUAUUAGCAAAAAUUGAUUUAAUAACAGAUCUUAACAAGAAGAAAUUAGAUAAGGAGAAGAAAAAAAAUGUUAUAGAAUUAAAGGAAUAUUUAGAAGAUCUAAAAAAAAGAAUGUUUGAUAUGCAUAAAAGAUUAAACGAUAUAAUAAUUACGAAUUCUAGUUUUUUAAAAAGAGAAAGUGAAUUAAAUAUGAAAAUGUUUGAAGCAAGUGCUAUAGAUUAUGUUAAUAAUAAUAGUAAUUUUGAAGUGUUUUCAACAUAUAUAAUAAAUGAUUUUAUGUUAAACAAAAAGAAAAUAAAUGUUUUAAAUUAUGACAGUAAUUUAUUUUUUAAAAAUAAUUUUAUGUAUUUUAAUUUUUUACAUAAUUAUUUGAAAGAAAAAAAGGAUGAGAAUGUUUUAAAUGUCUAUAUAUAUUUAAAAGAUCCUCUUAUUCAAGAAUAUGAAUUAAAUUAUUUUAAUUAUUAUGUUGUUUUAGAUCUUUAUAUAUUAGAUGUAAUAAUAAAAAAUGUAGAUUUGUUAAUAGAAAAAAAAGGAAAAAAAAGAAAAAAUGUGAAUCAUAUAUUAGUAUGUAUUGAUAAUUAUGUUGUAAAAUAUAAUGUAUUAUCAAGUAAUAUCUAUUUAGAUAUUCAACAAGAUAUAAAAAGUUUUUUUCAUGAAAGUAAUCGUAAUGUUGAUGGAAGUAAAAUCCAAGAUAUGCUUUUUCAUUUUGAGAAAAAAAAUAAUUCUAUUUAUCAAAAUAAUAUGUUUCAUGAUAAAUAUUAUAAAAAAAAAAUAAAGAAAGAUAUAAAAGCAGAAAAAAAACAAAAUGAUACUCUACAAAAAUAUAAUAAAAAUAUAGAUCCAUUAUUAUUUAUUAGGAAAAAAAAUAUCUUUUUUGAUUCACAGAAAGAAUAUUAUAAAAAAUUUUUAUCUUCAUAUACAUAUGAAGAAAUUAUAAAUAUAUUAUGUAAUAAAAAUACAAGAUGUAAUAACAGAAUUUUUCAAUUAAUAAAUGAUGUUAAUAAAAAUACAUUUAUUUUAAAAAGUCAUCUCGUUUUAAAAAAUGAAUUAAAAAAAUUCUUUCAGAUUAAUCAAAAUGAAUUAUUGAAAAAUAAGACAGGUAUUGGAGCUAUUAACAAAACGCAGGAUGAUAUAAAUCGUAUAAGCAACAUGAAUCUGGCUAGUAAUACAACUAAUACUAUCAGUAAUAUAACAAGUGAUGCUAAUGUAAAUAAUAAUACUAUUAAUAUUAAUACUAAUACAAAAAAUAAUAAUAAUACAAAUAAUAUAAAUAAUGCAAAUAAUAUAAAUAAUAAUAAUAAUAAUACAAAUAAUAUGGAUAAUAAUAAUAAUAAUAAUAUAAAUAAUAAUAAUAAUAUAAAUAAUAAUAAUAAUAAUAAUAACACUAAUAAUAUAAACAAUUUAAAUAAUAAUAAUAAUAAUAUUUUUAAUAAUGAAGAUGCUUCAAAUCAAUGCAGUGCUUAUACACAUCCCUUCUCCAAUGAUAUAGAAAAAAAUUACUCGCAAAAUAAAAAUGAUAGUUUUUCACAUAGUGAUCAAUGUUUUAAAUUAUUAAAUUCAACACAAGGUUCGAAUAAAUCUAGCGAUUUUAUUAAUAUGCAAAAUAUUGAUGAUUAUUUAAAUACAUAUUAUGUAGCUUAUCAUGAAUCAUUUAAAGUUGUUAAAAAAGAACAUUAUUAUUCCAUAGUUUCUCAUAUUUUUGAAAGUUAUUUAAAUAUUGUUGAAUCUAUUAAUGAUAAUGAUCAUCCUAUUCAUAAGAAGUAUCCUAACUUAAAAGGUAGAAAUGUAUCUAUCAACUUUUUGGGUCAGCUACCUGAAAUUAUGAAGGUUUAUAAAACGUUCCGUUAUUGUGAUUCCCUCAAUGUUUUGGCUAAAAGUUAUAUUCCAAAAUCUCCUGCAAGUGUUCAAAGUUUAGACAAAGGGGAAGAUAAUAAUAAUUUCGAUGAAGUUAAUAAUAAUGAUAUAGAAAAUGAGGAAGACAAUAAUGAUAAUGAUAUUGAUAAUGAUGAAAAAGACGAAAGUGGAGAAGACACACAAGUGGAUGAAAAAGACGAAAGUGGAGAAGACACACAAGUGGAUGAAAAAGAAGAAAGUGGAGAGGACAAACAAGUGGAUGCAAAAGACGAAAGUGGGGAGGACACACAAAUGGUUGCAAAAGACGAAAGUGGGGAUGAUAAUAAAGAUGAAAAUAAUAACCCUACAGAUGAAGAACAUGACGAAAUAACAGAACAGAUUGGAUUUUUAAAAAAUCAUAAUCAAAAAUAUAUGCGACUAUUUCAAAAACAUUUAUUAGAGGAAAUAAAAUUUAUUAAUUUCUUUGAAUUCUUAGUACAGAAAAGAUUAGGAGUAAUAUUAGAGAAGAAUGAAUUUUUAAAGUUAUAUAUUUUUUAUGGGCAAAAAAAUUUACCUAGCAUGCCAUAUACACCACUUUUUUUUACAUGUAGAACAAUUAUUAAAAUUGAGGUAUUAAGAGAUGUAAAUACAAAUCAGAUCAUUUAUUCUAGUAGAUCUUUCUUUUUAGAAACCUUAAUAACAUUAAAAGAAUAUAAAAUUAAAAAUGAAAGUGCAUAUAUUGUUAUUGAAACUACAGAUGAAAGUAGUACUAUCAAAAAAAGAUUAAAAAUGGAUAUGUUACAUAAAAUUUCACCCAUGUCACAUAUUAAUGCAUAUGUAGUAUCUAAUAAAGGAAGAGAAAUUGUUUAUCACAAAGGUAAUAUAUAUCAACGAUCAGCUAGCGAUAUAAAAAAUGUUAUAAGUGAUAUAAGAAAUGAUUUCUUAAAUAUUAUUUUACCACAAUAUCAUUUAUUUGAUUUAUUUGAUAAUUAUGUUUAUAUAAUUAUAUGUUUAAAAAAUGAAAAUUGUUAA